AUGUCACGUUCGAGUUCGAAUGGUAAGGUUAUCGCGGGAGUACCUACAGUUUUCAUAAUCGAAAUGGAGGCAGCUGGAUUGUAUUAUACUGCAUCGCCCCCUCGGGACUUGGACCCUCUAAGCCCCAAGUUCGAUCAAAGGUACGAUCGGGACGCCUACGUGCUCAGAAUUGCAACUGCCCAGGUCCGAAUCCGUAAGGCAAAUCGCUGCGCUAUUCAAGCCGUGCCUAAUUCGUCGAAAGCGGACGACUUGUGUAAA